CCGACACGACGUGAAGGCGCUAUAACUGCCCGGAUGCGUUACCAAGAUGGCUGCUUGAUGGACUUGAGUUUUUGCAAAAUCAAAUAUAAUUGUUGAAUGAGCAUUAGUUAGUACACCUUGACAUCUUGGAUACAAUAACAAGUUAGCAUGCCACGUUUGUGUGCUUUCUGCGGCUGUAAUAAUCGAGUGGGCUGUGGGCUUUCGUUUUUCGCAUUCCCAAAGGACAGUACAAGGAGGCGGAAAUGGCUUCUUAAUUUGAUGAGGGCAGACUUACCCCCCGACAGGACGAGAGAAGAGUCCGACAGAGCUGGGAAUGUGGUCUGCGAACAGCAUUUCAGGCCAAACGACAUAAACUCAAAGGGUAGAAGAAAACGUCUGGCUCCUGAAGCCAUCCCCAUUCUUCUGCACACUAUAAAGGAGGAACAGAGAGAUUUGGAGAUGCUUCCCACUGAUGUUCCUGCUCCAGUGCCUCUGCGAGACACACCCCCAUAUGAACAGGUCAUGGCAAUGUUUAACAAGCUGCUGGCAGAGAAGGAUGAGAAAAUCAAGGAUCUGAAAAGCAUUCUGCAGAGAGAGAGGGCCAGAAUGCGGCUGAUGAAGUUCCGUAUGAACAGCAAAAUCAGAGAACUGAAAAGAAAACUUGAACAGCAGCAGAACACUAGCGGUGACCAAAGCGAUCAGCUGACUGCUGCCUCCGACUGCCUUCCACAGGCAGCAAAGGAGUUUUUUGACAAGCAAAUAGCCAUGGCCAGGGUGAGGAAACACGGCCAGAGAUACGACAAGAAACAAAAGGACAUGGCAAUCCAGCUGUACAAACAGAGCCCAAGCUGUUACUCUGAACUCCAAAAAAUGUUUCAGUUACCGUCUUCAACCACUCUGAGGAGGCACCAGGUGGUCAGUCAGGAAGCGAGUCCAGACACAGCGGGUGACCCAGAGAGAGGUGAGGAGGAGAAACUUGCUGAUGUAGCUGGAUGGGUGGUGCAGAAAGUGGCUCAAGAUCCAGAAGUCAGUGCUUGUGCUGAAUGUGAAAGUUUGCUUGUGGAGACCAAUGACACUGAGCACAACUAUCACACACAGAUGGAGAAGGAUGCCGUCUCAGCUGUGAAGAAAAGCCCAACCUCUGCCAGGCUGCUUCAUCCAUCCGAAGCUUUCAAAGAAUGCAUUUCCAAAUGUGACAGUGUCAUCCAAAAAAUCCCCCCAAAUACAAUGGCCCCGAAGAAAUUAAAGGCCUCCCUCAGAGCCAGCGGUGCUUUCAGUGAGCUCCACCGCAUCCAUCCUGCCCACUCAAAGGCCAUCGAGAGGGUCGCCUUGAAUAAAUAUGUAAUGUGCAGGGUGGUGGCCGAGCUGAAAGAAACGGCACAAAACAGAAAACGCACACAUGAGAAAAAAAGUGCUGCGUGUCAAGAGCUAAAUGUUAGCACCCAUGAAGUAAAUCAGGACUAAAUAAAUAUCAGAUGAUGUUAAUUUGAUAAUAAAUUAUUUUAGGCCAUUCUAACUUGUCUGUGUUGUUUCAAGCUUUCCUGCACUUGACCUAGAUGGAUUUAGUUUUUCAAUUUCAGUUCAAUUUUGUAUAGCGCCAUGCCUCAAGGCACUUAUUGUAAGCUAAAGACGCUGCAAUAAUACAAAGAAAACCCCAACAAUCAGCCGUUUCAGUCUCCAUCGGUGUACUUUAGCUGUCCGGUGCGUGUAAGUGUGUGUGUGAAGAAUCUCUAGCCAGAGAAAACAUGAUAUAAAUAAUUUAAAUCA